CGAAAAUUUGCAAAUACUAGUAUUACUUUCUUCUGUAUAUAUCUCUUUAAUAGCGGACUAAGUUAUCAUCGUUUUAUUACUAUAUAAAUUCUAGUUGAUUUUUUGGUCUUAUGAAACCCUAAUCACGUUUUGAUCCUGAUAUUACCGAAUCUUCAUCGUCUGGACUGAAAAUCUGUCGAAUGCCUUGUUUCUACAAUGGUUCAUGCCAGUGCAGAGACCGAUUUCCAGAUAAAACAUCUGAAAAAAUCCCAACUUUCGGAGCUCAGCUCUGAACUCAGAGAUGAUUUCAUCAGCAAUUUGCCAGACACAGUUCUGUGUCACAUUUUGUCAUUUCUGCCCACGAAAUUUGCAGUGGGAACCUCCAUUCUCUCAUCCAAGUGGAAAAACCUGUUUCCCUUGAUCCCAAAUCUUAAUUUGGAAUUCGAUGAUUCCUUAAUUUUGCAUCAUCCCAAUGGAGGAGAAGAAGAACCCAGUACUUCAAAAGAUGCAGAUACGGCGGAUAAAUCAGGGGAAGAGCUUAAAAGUAGUUUUACUGAUUUUGUUGGUGGGGUUUUGAAGAGCUUGCUUCAAAAUAACGCUAGUAUUUGCAAAUUCAAACUCGAAUGUCAGAAAAAGUACACAGAUGAUUGCAUCGGUUCGUGGCUUCGCGUUGCUGUCAUGCUUGGUGUCCAAAGUGUUUGUCUAAAAGCCUCAAUCCGAGAUUCUUGUAAGUUAGUUGCUAGUCUUAAUGGAUGCACUAGCUUAUUGGCGUUGCAUUUGGAUAGUAUUUUUUCCCUCAAGGUUUCCGCUGUCAACUUUCCCAAUUUGAAGAAAUUGAUCCUUGAUUAUGUUCAGUUUUCUGACGGUGAAUCUGUAGAAUUGCUCUUCAAUGGAUGCCCUGUACUCAAUACCUUGAAGCUCCAGUUUUGUGUCCUCCUUGUGGAUGACUUUGCUAUCUGUAUGCCGUCACUGACUCGUUUGGUUAUUUGCGGUUCUUUAAUUAGAAGUAUCUUUUCCACCGUGGUCAUUGAUACCCCAAAGCUCAAUCACUUCUCCUAUGUUGGCUUACUUACUGAAUGUUACUUGUUGAGAAAUGUUGAUUCUAUUUAUGCUUUAGCAGUACAUAUUCUACCCAUCAACACACUCUUGGAGGACCAUGAUGAAGAAUUGGAGGUUUCCAGCUAUGAAUACGUGAAGUUAGCUGAGGCUCUUCGUGACCUGUCAGUUCCAUUACCUAAAUUUUACAACUUGAAGACCUUGGUACUUGGAGCUAUGGGGAUGACUGGAUGGAAAACAUUGGCAUGCUUCCUUGACAAUGCUCCUAUUCUUGAAGCUCUAUUCCUGUUUGGGGGUUUUAAUAUGUAUGAUGGGGGCUUUGCCAGUUUCUUAUCAGUACUGAAUUACGUGCCGUAUUGUUUAGCCUCAAGCAUGAAGAAGAUUGAGAUUGGAGCAUUUAGUGGCCAAGAGGAUGAAAUUAUGCUGCUCGAAUAUUUCUUACAAAAUGGAAAAGUCCUGGAGAAGUUGGUAUUUAACUGUGACUUUGACUGGCGCAAGAAUAAUGCAGUCUUUAACAGACUGCUGGAUGCUGAAUCCGGAUCAGAGACUUGCAAGAUAUCUGGACCCGAAAAAGGUCGCAUGGUUUCUUUGUAUUGUCUGGAAAAGUUUUAUGGAGUUUCGACCUCUCGGGAAUGA